UGCAACACGGACAGCUGCGCCUAUCCUCAGCAGUCUCGACUGAAGAAUAGUAAUUCACAUCCUCUUGUUAUUGCCAUGAGGAAUACACACAGGUUCUUUCUCUUUGUAGUGGUUUCUUUUUCUUUUAACGUUUUGCAGUUUAGAAGGUGUUCACAGGGCACUCAACUGUAGCUACCAACUUUACUCCUUACUUCAUUCUGUUGAAAUCGAUCUGACAUGUUUGUUGUCAUGUUCUCAAAGUGACCAGCUGUUGAAGGUGUAUGAAAUGCAAAAUAUCAUGGAAGGAAUUUGUCGUAGCAAAUGAGCUGUGGGAAAAAACGUUGCAGCUGAAAGAAAGCAGUCAAUUGCCAGAAUAUGUAACUCAGCCCUAGGGAAGAGAAACACCAGUGGGAGCGGCCCAUCACUUCCACAAGAAGAAAGGAGAGAAUUGUGGUUUGUUGCCAAAGAGGAAGCGACGCGGCAGAUGCUGAGGAGAAGCUAAUGAACCACCUACUGAGCCCUGCCAGGUAUAAUAAGUUAAUUCGCCCUGCUGUCAACUCCUCGCAGUUGGUAUCUAUAGAAUUGCAGGUUUCCCUGGCACAGCUAAUCAGUGUGAAUGAACGUGAACAGAUCAUGACCACAAAUGUCUGGCUAAACCAGGAAUGGACUGACUAUCGUUUGGCUUGGCAGCCCUCUGACUAUGAAGGCAUAAAUAAGCUGAGAAUCCCUUCUAAGCACAUCUGGCUGCCAGACAUUGUGCUUUACAAUAAUGCGGAUGGUACAUAUGAAGUUUCCUUGUAUACAAAUGUGAUUGUAAAGAACAAUGGAAGCAUUUUCUGGUUGCCUCCAGCCAUCUACAAGAGUGCCUGCAAGAUUGAGGUGAAGCAUUUCCCAUUUGAUCAACAAAACUGCACACUGAAGUUCCGCUCUUGGACAUAUGAUCACACAGAAAUUGAUAUGGUACUUAAAACUCCCAUGGCAAGCAUGGAUGACUUUACACCAAGUGGAGAAUGGGAUAUUGUAGCACUUCCAGGAAGAAGGACUGUAAACCCCUUAGACCCAAAGUAUGUUGAUGUGACAUAUGACUUUAUUAUUAAAAGGAAACCUCUUUUUUAUACCAUCAAUCUUAUAAUUCCCUGUGUGCUUAUUACAUCAUUGGCUAUCCUCGUGUUCUACUUGCCUUCAGACUGUGGUGAAAAGAUGACCUUAUGCAUAUCUGUACUGCUUGCCUUGACUGUGUUCUUAUUGCUGAUCUCCAAAAUUGUCCCUCCAACAUCACUGGAUGUUCCACUGAUUGGGAAGUAUCUGAUGUUUACAAUGGUAUUAGUAACAUUCUCAAUAGUUACCAGUGUCUGUGUACUGAAUGUUCAUCACAGAUCUCCCAGCACCCACACUAUGCCCCCAUGGGUAAAGGUGGUUUUCCUUCAGAAACUUCCAACUUUUCUGUUCAUGAAACGCCCAGAGAAUAACUCUGCAUGGCAAAGGUUAAGCAAGCGCAGAAAGAAUAAAUCUGAUCAUCUAUGCACUGAUCCAGCUGACCUGUACAAAAACUCCACCUACUUUGUGAACACAGCCUUUGCCAAAAAAUAUGAUUUGAAAGUUACUGAGAAUCCGGAUAACAUCAGUGGCCAUCAAGAUUUUAGGUUAAGAUCUUCAAUGAAGUUUUCUCCAGAAGUCCAAGAAGCAAUUGAUGGAGUCAGUUUUAUAGCAGACCACAUGAAAAAUGAGGACAACGACCAGAGUGUCAUCGAAGAUUGGAAGUAUGUUGCCAUGGUAGUGGACAGACUGUUUCUCUGGAUAUUCAUCUUUGUUUGUGUCCUUGGGACUGUUGGGCUAUUUCUCCAGCCACUUUUUCAAAACCACUCUGCUGCUGCGAGCCCUUAACUCUCAUUUAAAACUGUAAAAUGCUUACACAGAUGCUGAACCUGAUUCUGCUCCCAGUUCCACUGGUGUAAAUCCAAAGCGAUACCAUUGAAGUCAGUUGAGUUAGUCUGGAUAUACACUGGUGAACUGGGAGCAGAAUUUGGCUUGCUGUGUUAUCAUGAUGUUAGGAAUUUUCUAGAAGACAUUCUUUUCUUUUUUUAAUUUCAUUACUUUUGAUUAAAUAUUGGCUCUUUUUUCAAUAUGUUUAAACAUUUUACAGAGAAAUUUAUUUAUUUCUACAACUUGCCAGUUUUCCUCAGAGUGCACCAGGAUUAUUAUUAAAAUGGUAUUUACUUAUGCCACCUUGGGAAAGACUGUGUUUCCAUAAGAGCCUGCAGUUCACAUUGCACAAUUUUGCUCUUUCAAGAGAAACAAUUGCUACAGUAUUUAUUUCCUUAAAAUGCAUCAAAACUCUGUGUUUGGUUUAUGGAGCCCAAAUCAAUAUAUGAUAAACAUAUUUAUACACUCUGUUCAUUGGUGAAAUCUAAAUAAAAUGUGAAAAACUCUCCUUUAA